UGGGCGGGGCUAGAGACGAGGCUUGAGGGAUGUGAUUGUAUGGGCGGGGACAAGCGCUGAGCAGGAAAGAGGCGGAGCCUAAGAACGACGACCACCGGGCGGGAGACACCCAGAGCGUGGGGACCCGGUGGGUGACAGGAUGCCGCGGGUAGUGCCGGACCAGAGGAGCAAGUUCGAGAAUGAGGAAUUCUUCCGGAAACUGAGUCGUGAAUGUGAGAUCAAAUACACAGGGUUCAGAGACCGGCCGCACGAGGAGCGACAGGGGCGUUUCCAGAAUGCCUGCAGAGACGGCCGCUCCGAAAUAGCUUUCGUGGCCACAGGAACCAAUCUUUCGCUGCAGUUUUUCCCAGCAAGCUGGCAGGGAGAGCCUCGCCAAGCCCCCAGCCGUGAUUACGUGGACUUUGAAAGAGAGACUGGAAAGGUCCAUUUAAAGGCCCCGAUGAUCCUGAACGGUGUUUGCGUCAUGUGGAGAGGAUGGAUAGACCUCCAGCGGUUAGACGGGAUGGGCUGCUUAGAAUUUGAUGAAGACAGAGCACAGCAUGAGGACUCCCUGGCGCAGCAAGCCUUUGAGGAAGCUCGCAGAAGAACCCGUGACUUUGAGGACAGAGAUCGCUCUCACCGGGAGGAAAUGGAGGUGAGAGUUUUACGACCACGCUGCCCUUAACUGAAUUUCUCUCUGGUGUAGGCUCGACGGCAACAGGAUCCCACCUCCGGCCUGGGCAGCGGAGAUGACCUGAAGCUACGUUAAGCCUGGCACUGCUUCCCUCAGUCCAGCGAUGUGCGAGACCUGGAGAACACAAGCCUUUGACGGUUUCAUCUCAACCCUCCACUUGGAAGCCCCCAUGUCUGCACGCGUGCCUCCUGCACCCUUCAGAAAUGGUUCCUGUCCUUCAGUGCCCCCUCUCCCUCGUCUAUGCAAGCUUUUAGCCGCACGCGGUGUGCACUCAGGCGGCUGUAGGCUUUUAUUUACAGUUUGCUGAUAAAAUAGGUCAAUAGUGUUUUGUUAGUUUUUUUUUUGUUUUUGUUUUUAUUACGGUUAAUUUUCUGCUGGUACGUAUCCCGUUGUACCGGUGUUAGGUCAAUUAGAAAAGCACCACUGACACGUUACACAGAGGCUUCUUACUGGACGGCUUGCUGCAGGAAGGGUUAAUGCUUGCAAUCACAAUAAUGCCUUUUAUCUAUUGUUUAAUUUUAUGUUAUUUUGUUAUUUACUUAAUGUUUGUUUUUAUUAAUUAUUUUAUGUCCUUGCAGAAUAUCUCUUAGGCCAGGGAUGCUAAACCUGCGGCCCUUCAGCUGUUGUAAAACUACAACUCCCACAAUGCCCUUUCUGUAGGAUGAUAGCUGUAGGCUGUCAGGGAAUGAUGGGAGUUGUAGUUUUGCAACAGCUGGAGGGCCACAGGUUGAGCACGCCUGUCUUAGGCUAUGUGUGGUCUAUUUUUCUGGCAGGGGAGGACCAACCACGGGUGGAACCUUUUAGGGUAUGUUCACAGAGUGUUUUCGACGUGUAUUUUGAUGCGGAUCCCGCACCCAAAAACUGCACUGAAAAUGCUUGCAGUUUAUCUCCAUUGAAUUAAAUGGGGAAAUCGUUUAUUUUUUUUCUUGCUUUUGGUUUCAAAAACUGCACUGCGGAAAAAAAAGAAGUGAUCCAUCCAUUCUUGAGCUGGAUUGUGGUCGACAUCCGUGUCCAGAGUUCCCAUUGAAAUGGGAACCGCAUCAAAAAAAGUGAAAAAUUGCAUUGGCAUAGAAACUGCAUCCUGAAGCGGAUUCCACCCCAGGUUUUUCAUCAGCACAGAAUAUACCCAUACCGCUCUCCUGCACAUAGCUUUCGAUAGAGGCACCAUUGUUGCACUCCCAACACCCAUAUUGUGUUUCUAGUUUUUUUUUUUGUUUUUUUCACCGUUUUGAACAGUUUAGAAAGUGUACUUUUUUUAUCUGCAGAACCCCCCCUUUAAAGGGCUUUUUAUAUUGAUGACCUAUCCUUGGGAUAGGUCAUCAAUAACAGAUCGGCGGGGGUCUGACACCCGGGACCCCCGCUGAUCAGCUGUAUGAGGAGACGGCGCGCAGUGUGCACAUGCCAUCUUCCUUCUCUGCUGCUGUAUGUCUAUGGGACAGCAGCAGUGAACAGAAAGACAGAAGGGAGAUGGGAGUCGGGACGUGCACACUGCGCGCCGUCUCCUCAUACAGCUGAUCAGCGGGGGUCCCGGGUGUCAGACCCCCGCCGAUCUGAUAUUGAUAAGGAUAGGCCAUCAAUAGAAGAAGCCUGAACAACCCCUUUAAUAUCUUGACCUGAUGUGGGGGAUGGUAUUACUGCUGCCAUGACGCGCGCUCCUUCGUGUAUUGCUAUCGGCACAGAGGCAAGCUAGCUUUGAGGCUAUGGAUGAAUUAAAUUAUGCGCACCGCUGCUCCAUUCAUCAGGCACUGUAUGAAUGUAGCGGCAGUACACAUGCCCGAUCUGCCGCUCCAUGCAUUUUUUUUCGGGUACAGGACUAUCAUUCUCACGAUCGGAGGGUGUCACAGCAGUAGGACCAGAACACCCCUUUAAUCUGCAUGCUUACAGCUAAUGAAGCAACCUCCUGUCAGGGAGUUGGAGAUCAGGGAAAUCAUGCUAAGAUUUCACCUCUUUCCUCUGCAUGAGGUAUUAUGGAGGUAUCCCUCUCUACAAGCAUUGUUUCUAGUGGACAUUACGGCGCCUCUCAGAGGCACACAGUGCUUAUAGGGUCGCUAAGUAAAAAAAAAAAAAAAAAAAAAAA